AUGCCGGAGCUAGAUCUAGCUGCGGAAGUGGCUGCCGAAGCUGCAGGCGUGGCCGCCGAAGCUGCGGCGACUGCUGCCGAAGCUGCCGUGGAAGCAGCGGCGGAAGCAGCCGAAGCUGAUAACGCUGCUCUUGCCACAACAGAUGGUGAUUCCGCCCUUGCUCCCGCUACUCCUCCUGCUCCUCCUGCCAAUCCGCUCGUGCCAGCUGUUAUACUCGAUGUGGCAGGUGGAUCCGGAGGAGUUUCCUCAGGUGGUUUCUCAGACCUCCCUCCUCUUCGAAUCCCUUCCCCCACCAACCCCCAGCCAGGCUUCAUGACGCCUUCCCAACCCAGCUCUCCUCCUCCUGCUCCACCCUCGUCUCCGUCGUUCGCACCCCUCCCCCCGCCGCCUCCCCUUGUUGUCGUCUCGCGCGACGACGGCGUGUCUCUGGACGUGCGUGACGGGGUGUUCUUAGAGGAGCAGCUUUUAGAGGAGCUGCCAGUGGCAGUAGCAAUGAAUACCUCCUUUGCAGCAGUGGGAGUACGGGCCAUGGUGCGGGAUGCUGUGGCGUCUAUGGUGGCGCACAGGCAAUGGUGCUGCUUGGUGCUGCAGGAUGGGGGGUAUCUGCAUGGGCUGCUGACGCUGGUGGAUGUGCAGGAGGAGGCGGAGAGGCAGCUUUCCGCUGGGGGAGCUGCUGCUGACGUGGAGUCUCUUCCUGUCAUUGCCAUCUGUCACCAGCAUCCUGAUUCCGAAGCUUUCCCUUCAGAAUCAAAUCUUUUGCCGGAUGCCAAUGGCAACCCUUCGUCCUCUAACUCGUCUGGCAUUGCCGCCCGGAGCCGGCCGUCUGAGGCCAUCGAGGUGACUUUUCCGGAUACCACGCUGCGGGCGGCGCGCGACCGAAUGACGGCUCGCGGGCUUCGGCAGCUUCCUGUUGUGCUGCGAGAGGAGAUGGUUGUGAGGAGGGAGAGGGUGGGGGGCGAUGCUUCUGGAAGUGGCAGCACCAGUGGGAGUGAUAGUGAGGGGGGGAGUGGUGGUUACAGCAGCAGCAGCAGUGGGAGUGGGAGUGGGAGUGGGAGUGGGAGUGGGAGUGGGAGUGGGAGUGAGAGUGAGCGUGGGAGCGGGAGUGAGAGUGAGAGGGAAUACCGAAGAGGAAAUAAUGGAUGGGGAAGUGGAGGGGGGAGCAGCGGGAGUGAGAGAGAGGAGGAUGAUAGCACGGAUGGGGAGAGUGGUUCGGAUGGCGAUGACGUCAGCAACAAUGAUGAUGACAUGGCACCUGUAGUGCGUCUUCGGGUGCUGGGGUUGGUGGAUCGAGACGACAUCUCGCUUGCUUGCAGGGCGGAGGCCACUCGUCGCCUUCUCUCAGCCCUCCCUCGGGAUUUCCGAUCCUCCGGUGGUGGAGGCAGUGGGAGUGCGGGCAUGCAGCAGACACAGCUGGACAGCUCUCUCUUCCCAGCUGCCUGA